AUGGCUCCUCCUCCUCAUUUACCUCCGCGGCCAUCUUCAUCUUCAUCCAGCAAUGUACCGGCAUUCUCAGCACCUUCCGGCCCAAGGAUCCCACCCACCGGACCAAAAGCUCUGAGAGUCAAACAACCCCCGUCUGGACCUGCUGGAGGGUUGAAUCCGAGGCAUGAGAAGAUUUCAUUUGCGUUCCCUCAAUCUCAAUCUUCAGUGGUGUCGCAAAAUGGUGUGUCCAGCUCAGAUGCUAUCGCUGGACCUUCCCGUGCCAGACUCAAUAGUCUGGAAAACAAAACAUCCGCCUCAUCUUCUCCAAUCAAUGGGAUAUCUACUCCCCGUAUAAAUGGGAUAGGCGAAUCAAGUAGAUACACUCCUUCUCCCACCUCUGGUGUCAACUCACCUAAAACACCCUUCCGUUUCAAUGUCCCUUCUGGGUCUGCACCUAAUCGGAAACCGUCUUCCACACCCAGUUUGAGCCAAUUCCCUUCAUCAACCAGUAUAGCAAGCUCAUCUAGUAAUACUAUAUCUGAAUUACCUAAACGACCGCCGACAUCACCCAAGAAACGACAUAACAAGUCACUUUCAGGUGGACAACAUAAUUCAGAAGAGGAUAAUAGUUAUAGAGCCAACUUUUUACCUACGGAUGAACAUACACGGGCUAAAGUAUCGAUAUCAUUUGGAGGCGUCGGUGUAAGCAAUGGGAUGAUCAAGAGACCUAGACCACCUCAUAUGGAUUUUGAAAAAUCAAGUCCGGCUGGUACACCCCCUCCCCCUCCUCCUCCGCCGCCUCCAGAUGGUAGACCUCCUACACCACCGUUACCUCCUGGAUCGGGACCACCUUCCCCUCCGCCUUUACUAGAAGAAGAAGAAGAAGAAAAGGAGGAUUUUAGACCACCAACUCCUCCCCCAGAUGACGAUCAUUUGCCUCCUCCACCACCGUCACCUCCCACACAGGCACCUCCACCACCGCCCUCUGCACCUCGUUCAUUCUUUUCUUCCCCUUCUUCUCGUAUACACUCUUCUGCCUUUGUGCCACCACCUCCCCCACCUCCUUCAAUCAAUGAUCGACCACCUUCACCACCACCUAUAGAACCUUCUUCCCCUCCUCCACCUGCUCCGCCAUCACCUGGACCAAUGUCUACGAACGCACCUCCUUCCUUCCACUUCAGAGAUCUGUCUAUACGGCCUAAAUCGCCUUCUGGGGAAGCUGGAGCUGACAACGAUGAUGGAGAUGUGGGAGAUGUGAAUAUGGAACCUGAAGAAUCUGCUCAAAUCCCACCACCACCCCCGAGAACUCCCACACCCCCCUAUGUUCCGCCUCCAUACGUUCCUCCAGCCUGCGUUAAACCCAGACCUGGGAUCGGUAGUUUCCUCAAUGUCAAAGGAAAAGAACGGUACGAUGGGAUUGAGAAUGGUCAGGCUGUGGAAGUAUUCGAUCCUAGAGCGAAAAUAUCAAGAGAACAGCUUAACAAGGGUAGGGGCACUAGGAAAUGCCGUACUUCUUUCUACGAGGUGGAUUAUGAGUGGGAUGAUUGUUCCACAGGACCAAGACCACCACCACCACCUGCAGCGGUACUAAUCACUGGUCUUAGUCCUCUGACGACCACCGAACAGAUCAGUAAAUUCCUUCGACCACAUGGUAGGAUAAAGGACAUAGACGCUAAGAUGGAUACUAAAUCGGGUAUGCAGCUCGGUAUAUGUUGGGUCAAAUUCGACGGACCACCUCAUGGAAGAACGGGCACAGCUCAUGAUGUAGCUUGUCAGGUGGUUAGGAUCUGCGAUGGACAGAGGAUCAGCUUGAAUGCUGAUGAGAAGAUAAAAGUGGUCUUAGAUGGAAGAGGGCUUAGAACUCAACAAGCAGUAAAAGAUGAGAUGACUAGAAGGUAUCCUCCCAAACCCAAAGUAGUACCUAAACCUGCUAUACCUGUAUCUACACCUUCGCUCAUCCCCCCCACAGCAGCAGGGACGAGUACACCUUCUUCGGCAGGUGCACAAACUCCUCGCGCCGAUUCGUCUAUCUCCAGAAAUAUUCCUUCUAUCCCCAAACCUCUCACUGGAUCGCUCCCUUCCAGACCUUACAUCCGACCGCCACCUACUCAACCUGCCAACUUCCAAAUUAGCUUACCUUCCCGACCAGGUUCACUCCCUUCUCGACCACUACUACCACCUCACUCUACAAUGUUACCUUCUCGGCCCCUCGGACUACCCGCUCGACCAGAGACAGUCCAGCACCUCGCAUCGUCCUUUACCGCAGCUCCGUUCUCCCGUCAUACCACCUCAGCAGACCAAAACCGUUCCAAGAGAUAUGAUCAGUCAGACUCUUACACGCCAAGUACAAGACGAGCUCCUUCAAGAUCGAGAUCGAGGACCCCGUAUUCGGAUUAUUCUUCAGAUUUCACUUCGGACAGUGAAGAUGAUCAUGCUAGACCUGCGUAUAGAUCUCGCGACAGGUCGCCUUAUGGUCGAAGGAGAGUGAAUGGAAGGGUUGCACCUCAACCGACGAAAGAAGAUGAAAAGGCUAUGGAGAGGAUGAAAGAGGAUUUGCUGAAGAAUGGUAUGGCUCAUGUUUUUAUCGAUUCGAAGGCUCUUCCCCCUGAGCGAGAAUAUGAGAAUCGCCUGAAAGAUCAUUUCAAAGCUUUCAAACCUUCUCAGAUACUGUAUAAUCACAGUGGAUGGUAUAUACUCUUCUCAGAUAAUACCGCGGCUUAUCGUGCUCAACGAGUCCUCGAUACUACCGCCAUAGGAGGACAUCGUUUGACUCUAGUCGUCAAAGCUCCUCCUUCAGCCAACAAGAAAGCUGACGACGAGAGACCUGCAGUGAUAGCUGUCGGUGAGGCUAAUGUCGAGAAAGGUACCUGGAAAUACUUAACUAUCACCAAGAAGAAUCGACCUGCUCCGACUGCUACGCCGACUGGACCUAAAGCGGAUAGACUUAAAGAGGUUCAGAAGAUCAGGUCGAGGAUGAUCGAGUCGGAUGAGAGUAGUGAUGAAGAAGAGGACAUACCGUUGAUAAAACCUCGGAAGAGAGUACCGUCUUUCUCAUCCGCUUCUUCCCUCUCAGAUGAUGAGUUGCUUGCUUCUCGCAAACCUGCUAAACCGGCUGUUGAGAAGGAUGAGAUGGCCAUGGAUGUAGACGAGGAAUCUAUAUCACCUGCACCUCCUCUCCCUGCUGAUAAAGCUUCGAUCGGUGAGAUGCAAAAGGAGAAAACUGAAGAAGAAACACCCAUUGCGAAGGGGAAGAAACGACCUGCCAAAGCUAAAAUCGCGAAGAAGAGCAAAAAAGCAAGACUCGAUUCACCGGUCACCACCAUCGACGAAUCCAUCGUCGGGAUCCUUCCUCCACCUGAACCUGAAGUGGCGGAAAUUACGCUUGAUCAAGAACCUUCCGCUGGAGGGGAAGGGGAAGUCAAAGUAGCUAAGAAGACUGGUGGGAAGAAGAAAGGACCUAAAUCUGACUUUGAGAAAUUCAUUGGAUCUUCCAUUGUUGAUGAGGAAGAUGCCUAUUGGCUUGGUCGAGCUUUGGCAGCUGCCAAGGAGGGUUUAGAACCUACAUUCGCAGAUGAUGCCAAGGCAGAGGAAGAGGUAUUGCUAGAUACUGCUCAUCCAUUAUAUCAUACCUCUGGAUCAUGGCGCGCAGAGGGACACAAGAAGGUCGCACCCGCUUCGAAAUCAACUUAUCUACCACAGCGUAACAAAGCUACUACUGCCGCUGCUGAGGAUUCAUCGUCAUCCUUGGCUGGAGCUGGAAUCACGACGGGUAGAACAGCAAGAUUGGCAGGUAGAGAUCAGAAUAGACAAACUCAGUCAUCUUCCAUCAAUGUGACCGACUCGGAACUAUUCGCUUUUAACCAAUUGCGUAUACGUAAGAAACAACUUCGUUUCGCCCGGUCGGCGAUAGAGGGAUAUGGUCUGUAUGCGAUGGAGAUGAUCCAUCAAGGUGAGAUGGUCUGCGAAUACGUUGGGGAACUGUGUCGAGCGGCGAUUGCAGAUGUAAGGGAACAGAAGUAUUUGAAACAAGGGAUAGGAUCGAGUUAUUUGUUCAGGAUUGAUAAUGAUGUGGUUUGUGAUGCGACUUUUAGAGGGAGUGUUAGUCGACUUAUCAACCAUUCAUGUGAUCCUUCGGCUAAUGCCAAGAUCAUCAAAGUUAAUGGACAGUCCAAGAUUGUCAUUUACGCUGAAAGGACCUUGUAUCCAGGAGAAGAGAUCCUAUACGAUUAUAAAUUCCCCUUGGAAUCUGAUCCAGCGUUGAGAGUACCUUGCUUGUGUGGUGCCGCAACCUGUCGAGGAUGGUUGAAUUGA